AAAGGCGAUAGCAACAUGUCUGCCUCUAUGGUCAGAGCCACGGUCAGAGCGGUCAGUAGACGAAAAAUAUUACCGACCAGAGCAGCGUUAACUUUGACUCCGUCAGCUGUGAGUAAAAUCAGACAGCUCCUACAGGACAAGCCUGAAUACAUUGGUCUGAAAGUGGGCGUUCGGACCAGAGGUUGCAAUGGGCUGACCUACACCCUGGACUACACUAAAGAGAGGGACAAAUCUGAUGAGGAGGUGCUUCAGGACGGUGUGAGAGUGUUCAUUGAGAAGAAAGCCCAGCUGACCCUGCUGGGCACCGAGAUGGACUUUGUGGAGACAAAGCUUUCUAGUGAGUUUGUGUUCAACAAUCCCAACAUUAAGGGAACGUGUGGCUGCGGGGAGAGUUUCAACAUCUGACCCGUCGGCCUGUGUCCUCACCCCCCCCGUAGUGCCCUCUCCUCCCCCUGCUGAGUAGCUCCUGAGGGGCACGGCUUGUGCCACACUCAGACCCUCCACGGACGUCUGAGAAUAAAAGACAGACUGAGGACUGAGAGAGAUGAGUGUUUCAGUGGAGCGUUUUGGACCGAACCUCACCCUCCUGUGCUGCAGCACCAGACCCCCCCACCAAAACAUGCUCAUAUCCACACAUCUCUGUAUUACCACACCUAUGAUCUCUGACCUCUAGGCUGAAAACAAAUCGUAGCCAGUAUGCUUUUUGGUCUCAUGGUUUUUAUGUGUGGUGCAUAUUACAUAACAUUGUAUUGAUGUACACUCCCAAGAAAACUACUUCCACUGUAUGUUUACCUAAAACCAAACGAUACUAAUGCAGUUUGGGCACCUACAGGAGUGUUAAAGAUGCUUAUGAUACACUCAGGCCUUUGAUAGUCUCAUAUCCAGAGACAUAAAGAUGCUACUCUGAUCCGUAUGAUUCACUAACUUAAUAUGUAUCAUCAUUCUGCCAAUUUCUAAUGCACAUACAUGAUGGAUUAUGCAGUUUGUCUGUGACAGACGCUGAUGUCGAGGGAGUUUGGAGGUGAUCCAAUGCGAAGGGUUAAGAUCGUUGGCUCUUCAGAGCCGUGUUUGAUUAGAUUUUUUUUCAUUUUGCCAUCCUGCUCUGCACUCAGUUAUCCUAGAUCAUCCUGUAUCAGUUUGUCAUGGCUACAGUCGGACAACAUUAGCAACAGUCACAGAAAGCCCCACAGAUUUACAAUGGUUAGAUGCCGAAAAGGGAGACAUUAGUAUUAUGUCAUAUGUAGAACAAGAUUGGAUGAAAACAUUUUAGACUAAUCUGAUUGGUUGAGGUUAUUGUUGAUGUGGUCAUGGGCCUGGGAUUUAUCUUACGUUUUUUACAAAAGCCUUUGACUUCCUGAAGUCAUAGGAAGAGGAACAGGAAGUCCAAUAUCAGAAGUUCUGUUUCAUUUCUCUUCUUUAUUUGACCUCAUGCAGCACAGGAAGUGAUGUUUAUUUUGUAGGAUAUUAAAAGCUUAUGAGUGUCUUUGAAACUGCUUGCACAUUGUAAACUGUUGUAAAAUGUUUGUGGUUGUUAAAUCUGAA